GACACGGACACUUUUACAAAUGCAGCGUGCAGGACUGGAGCGGCUGGAGAAAUCCCAUCUGAUCGGGAGGUUUGAUGAGUAAAUGUCUUUGGUUUGGCGCUGUUUGUGAUUAAUGGAACAUCAAAAGCUCGGUGUGAUACAUUCCUGAGGAUAUGAAUCUGCCAGGGACACAUAAACAUCAUUAAUGAACAAGAGGCAGACUGGAGAGAGACGGAGUGACAGAAAGAGGCAUGAAGGAUGUAGAGCCGGCGGUGGGGGCAGGAUGGAGUGCUCGUGGAAGACAGUGCUGCUCCUGGUAUGUGCGUCUCUGGGGGUCCAGUACACGGCCAUCCGAACCCUGAGGGACUCCCUGUCUGGACCCUGUCAGGGAGUCUACCGCUGCCAGAGCAGACACUUCAAAGACUCCAGGUGGAGAGCGCUGUGCGCCGACAGCUGGGUGCCGGUGGAACUGCCCCGGAAGCACAUCCUGCUGUUCGCCACCACGCGCAGCGGCUCCUCCUUCACCGGGCAGCUCCUCAACCAGCAUCCUGCCAUCUUCUACGUCUUUGAGCCGCUCUACCACGUCCAGCAGGCUUUCACCAACUCCAGCAGCCGGCUGCGUCGCACCUUGGACCGCCGAGCCCUGCUGGGAGCGUACAGGGACCUCCUGCUCAACCUGUACACCUGUGACCUUCACUUCAUGGAGAAUUACAUCCGUCCGGAGCCCCAGGACCACGUCACCAGCGCUUUCUUCCGCCGGAGCUCCAGUCAUGCCCUCUGCUCCCCACCCGUGUGCACGGAUGGAGUCGAUGCCACAGCCAAUGAUCCACCUGAUGAAACAUGGUGUCCAAAGAAAUGCGGGGCCCUGAACCUGACUUUGGCCUCCCUGUCGUGUUUGUCUCGAGGCCAUGUGGCCAUAAAGACGGUGCGGGUGCCCGAGGUGGGCGACCUGCGCACGCUGACAGAAGAUCCACGUCUGGACCUGAAAAUCAUCCACCUCGUGCGAGACCCCAGAGCCGUCCUCGCCUCACGCAUGAUGGCGUUCGCGGACCAGUUCCGGGCCUGGAAAAUCUGGAACGCCACGGGGCGGCAGCCUCGAUACGUGGACCUGACGCAGAUCACCAGCACGUGCAAAGACAUGGCCGCCUCUGCAGAAACGGGCCUGCGGAGACCGCCGUGGCUGCGCGGGCGAUACCUGCUGGUGCGGUACGAGGACUUGGCAUUCAGCCCGAAGGACAAGGCCGCCGAGAUUUACAAGUUUGUAGGUGUGGAGAUGGAGGAGAGGGUGAGGACGUGGAUCGCCAAGAACACGAACAGCAACGUGUCGGCUCCGUCUGAGUGGAACUACAGAUACUCCACCACCAGAGACUCCAGAGCGACGGCGGAGAGCUGGAGGCUUCGUCUCGGCUUUGACAUCGUGAGAGCCGUCCAGAAUCUGUGCAACGACACUCUGGCUCUGCUCGGAUACCGACACGUCCACUCGGUGGCUGAGCUCCGAAAUCUGUCGCACAGUUUAGUGGAACGGAGGACAUUUAAACCGGUGACGUGAUAAGACUUUAUGAGAGAUUUAUACAUAUUUGAGUAUCUAUUCUGAGUUCCCUGUCUGUCUCAAUGCUGAUGAAUUGAAUGUAAU